GCGCGCACGGCGCCCGGUGUGCGGUGUCCGAUGCGGUUCGGUUUGUUGUGCCAUUUGUUGUUUGGCAGAAGAAGCCGCGCGGUGCCGUGCCGUACCCACAUUAUUAAAUAUCGGCGAAUUCACGCGAUUUCUGCCAGUAGAGCAGCGCAAGUCGUCUGAGUCAUGUCGUGCUGGGGUUUCGCACCACUAGUUUAGUGUGCCGUUUGCUUAGUUUGGGAGCCCGCCGCCGCGCCAGUCGAGUGAGAUAUAUUAGGGUGCAUUUGAACUGAAGUGUUUGUAAGAACUUUGGGGUUUGAACUGUGAACGGAAACUGUGGGAAGAAUGUCAGUGUUACCGCGAAAUGUUACGGAAGCGAUCAAGGAGUAUGCGACCUCCCGGGGGAUCAAGAAUCCUAAGUUCGACAUAUCUAGUGGUUCCCGCAAUGGGGAUAGCUAUUCAGGUGAUGUGUAUCGGAUUGUGAUUUCACCGGAUGAGAAGGACGUCGAAGAUUGCCGCAACAAUAAUGGCGAUGGCACAAUCACCGAGCUUCCAAAAGUCAUCAGCGUGAUCGCCAAAGUUGCCCCCACAAGCCCCCUGCGAAGGAGUCUCUACAACAGUUCGGCACACUUCCAGCGGGAAAAGUACAUAUUCGACAUCGUACUUCCGACCUUCGAAAAGUUCCAGGAAACACGUGGCCUAAAACCGUCCCGCAUGUUCAACCACUACCCAACGGUGAUCGCUUCGGAUUGUUCCGAGGGCCAAGAAUUCGUACUGCAGGACGACCUAACCGCACAGGAUUUCAAGAAUUUCCAACGAACGGAACCGCUGGACUACGAUAACGUUCUGAGGAUUCUAACCGAGCUGGCCGAAUUUCACGCGGUUUCCUUUGCCAUGAAGGAUCAGGCGCCGGAGAUUUUCGCCAAAAUUGUCGGCCAGCUGAGGGAGACGAUCUUCGUGGCACCGCUGCACAGUUCAUUCGAGGGGUUCCUGAAACGGCAGGUGGACUACGCGAUGCGGACGUUGGAGCACAAUCCGGCCAAGGGAGACGAAGCGGUGUGUAAGCGGUUGUUUCGGUUUCGCGACGAGUACGGGCCUUCGAUGGUGGAGUGCGUGGAGAAUAAGGACGAUGUGGUGAUAUGCCAUGGUGAUUGUUGGAUCAGCAACGUGCUGUACAGACAUAAGAACAUCAACCAACCGAAGGAGCUCCGAUUCCUGGACUGGCAGGUCACCCGCUGCGGCACACCGGUCAUCGAUCUGUCCUACUUCAUCUUCUGCUGCACCGACACCGAGCUCCGCAAGCGACUGCCCGAACUGCUGCGAAAGUAUCACACUGCCCUGGUCGAGCGGAUCGAUGAACUUGGAAGCAACGGGCGUCGUCUGUUUCCCUUCGACACACUGCAAACGCAUUUGGCCAAGUUUGCCCGGUUCGGUUUCGGAAUGGCCCUCAUGACCCUGCACUCCACCUGCUGCGUAGAGAAAGACCUUCCGGACGUUUCCGCCGCCCUGGAGUCCUCCGAACUGAUCGACUUGGACAAGUACACCAAAGAUUUGCUCUACAAUCCGGCCUACAUCAAGAGGAUGACCGGCGUCUGUCGGGAUAUGGUGCGAUUGGGUUACCUGUAGCUUUUAAUACCUAUACAAAUUAGCUUUUAAGCGAGGAACGGAUUUCCGUGUUCCGGUUUGGACAAUAAGGGUUGCGAUAGAUUUCUAGCCUAGCGUAGAAACGUACUUAGUCAGUAUUGCUUCGGAUUUUAACGCGUAAUGACAGUAUUCUGAGAAAGUGAUUCCGUUUGCAAUCGAAGAUUGUUCUUUCGGAAUCAAACAUUUACGAGUAACAAAAGAAAUCAAAUCAACAAAAAACCGAUCAUAAUCAAACAUGGCACCUGAUGCAGGGAAAUAAGAUAUAAGAAUCGCAUAGUGAGGAUAUCCAAAAGACAACAACAAUCGACUAUAAAUUACGAAUCGUAAUUGGCACAGUUGAAUCAUCACAUUCUAGUGAUCUGGUUGUACACAAUUGGUUACAUAUGUGGAAAACAAAUAUGAUUAGGACGCGCGAUAGAAGGCGGCUGCUUAGCAUUGUACUGUUGUUAGUUACUGCACUCUUUUAAAUUAGCACAAGGAUACUCAAAAUUGUGGGAUAGAGUUUAGUAUCGUCGUAAUUUACGUUUACUUCUUUAAGGAAUUUUAACCAGAACAACAGAUAUACGUACACAGGAAAAUAGUUCACUGCAACAACCAAUAGUUUCACCAUUUGUUCAAGUUUUUAUUAAGAACAAGGAUUUUUAUUACGUUUAAAGUCAAGAUCUAGAAAUACAAUUUUAUGUCCAACAGUUUCA